AUUCCCCAUUCAUUUCCCUGCAGUUACAGUCUGUCCAAUCAAGUCCUGCUAUGCAAAACCCUUAUCUACUUUUCCAGUGUAAAUUAAUCCACCUAAAUUCCAAAGUAAAUUGUUUAUAGCGGUCGUAUUUCAUAUACAACCGAAUCAUACAACAAAAUCUAAAUAAACAAACAACCAAAACAAUUGCAUUGCAAUGAGGUUAGGUCAGUAGCAAGUGUUGUCAAACUGGUGUGAAACUUUUUAAACAAAAUGGAAGAUAAUGCAUUACUCUGAUCAACAAUUGCUGCGCAAACUGCCUAAACAUGAUGAGCAAUCAUCCCUCAAUGAUGUACAAAGACCCCAUCAAAAUGGAGUAUCAGUCAGUCAAGGUAGAACACAAUGAACACAUUGAUCACAUCCAUCAUGGCAUCUACAAUAAUUACCUGGAGAUGAAUUUGAAACUGGAAUAUUCCAAGGAGUAUACGCAAUUGCCGCCACCCCAACAACCGCCACAUCCACAGCCUUUGCAAGUACCUAUGCCAACACAAGAACUCAACCAGCUAGGACCAUCAAAUGGUAAAGUUUCCAAUCAGAACCUCUCGCAGUCCAGCUCACACACAAACCAAGCUGAGAAAUUUGUUUGUGAGUACUGCGAGAAGUCGUUCAGCACAAAAGGGAAUUUAAUUGUGCACAAGAGGACACACACACUGGAAAAACCCUACAUUUGCAGUGAGUGUGGCAAGAGUUUCACAGCAAAAGGCAAUUUGAACACACAUCUAAUUUCCCACUCAGAAUUUCGUCCGUUUGCUUGUGAAUUAUGCGGAAAAGGUUUCACAACCAAAGGUAACUUGACUGUCCACAUGAGAUCACACAACAAGGACAAACCUUAUGAGUGUGAUGUGUGCACCAAGAGGUUCACAACCAAGGGCAACUUAUUGACACACAGCAUCACCCACAAAGAGAUCAAACCAUUCCAGUGUGGCUAUUGUGGCAAACAGUUCUCCACCAACAAUAAUCUGAUUAUUCAUACGCGAACCCACACACAGGAGAGGCCUUUCAAUUGCACACAUUGCAGCAAGUCAUUUUAUAGUAAAGGAACGCUGAAUGCGCACUUUCGGACGCGACACUGUGAGAAGAAUCAGCAGGUUCAGAGUUAAACUCUUGAAACUUGUCAGACUUUUACUAUGCUAAUCAAUGCAAAUGAUGUAAAACUUGUGUGUUUUUAACUUUUUUGGUGGCUAGUGUUAACUUUACACUCUUGUAUAUUUUUAUCUAUAUAUUAUUAGUAAUCGAGCGUGAGUUACACAAAGUGUAAUGGCGGAAAACGUGUGAUUUGCAAUUUGUGCAAUUUAAAGUUUUGUAAAACUUGGAAAAAUUAUUGAUUCUUUUGAUUCCAGAUAUUAUUCCAAAUAUUUAUUGUGUUGCUUGGAACAAAUAUAUUAUAUUCGUUAUAAUAUUAA